AUGCCGGAGCCGGAGGCGCAGCGGUUCUUCCAGCAGCUGAUCGCCGGCGUGGUGUACCUGCACAGCAUCGGCAUCACCCACCGCGACCUGAAGCCGGAGAACCUGCUGCUGGAUGACCGAGACAACCUGAAGAUCUCGGACUUCGGCCUGGCCACGGUGUUCCGGCACAACGGGCGGGAGCGGCUCCUGAACAAGAUGUGUGGGACACUCCCCUACGUGGCCCCGGAGCUGCUGCGGCGCCCGGAAUUCCGAGCGGAGCCCGUGGAUGUCUGGGCCUGUGGCGUCGUGCUGACAGCCAUGCUGGCUGGAGCCGCUGCUGCCAACAGAUCCUGCACGGAGAAGCCCCUUCGGCGAGGAUCACCAUUUCCCGACAUCCAGAAGGACCGGUGGUACAGCAGACCCCUCAAGAAGGAUGUCAAGCGGGCCCGGCUCUCCUCGGGAGGGGUCACCGACUCCCCCGGCGGCUUCUCCAAGCACAUCCGAUCCAAUAUGGACUUUUCCCCGGUGAAGGCUGCUCUGGGCGAGGACAAGGCCAGGUACUCCACGUCGCAGCCGGAGCCCGGCACGGGCGGGAUGCCCUGGGAGAGCGGAGCGGGGAGCAUCGACCAGCUGGUGCAGGGCAUCAGCUUCUCACAGCCCGCCUGCCCCGAGCACAUGCUGGUCAACAGCCAACUCCUGGGCACACCCGGCUCCUCCCAGCCUCUUGGCGGAUUUCUAACGCUCGGCGGCGGUUUUUGUGGUUUUGGGGGCGGCAGAGCCCUGUGGCAGCGCUUGGUGAAGCGGAUGACGCGGUUCUUCACCAAGCUGGACGCCGACGGCUCGUACCGGGCGCUGAAGGAGGUGUGUGAGAAGAUGAGCUACGGCUGCAAGAUGAGCUGCACCAACCAGGUCACCAUCUCGACCACGGACAGGAGGAACAACAAACUCAUCUUCAAGGUGAACCUGGUGGAGAUGGAGAGCAAGAUUUUGGUGGACUUUCGCCUUUCCAAGGGCGAUGGCCUGGAGUUCAAGAGGCAUUUCCUGAAGAUCAAAGCCAAGCUCAGCGACAUUGUCAGCACCCAGAAAGUCUGGCUGCCUGGCACCUGA